AUGCCACCUCCAUUAUCCCCGCAAGCUGUUCAAGCGGACACCACGCCGAUUACACACGUUCGUGUUGUGGUACACACUCUUGGUGCAGCCGGUCCUAACACCAGUGACAAUCAUUGGUCAAUCUACUUGAUUCAUCCCGAUGGUGUCUCGUCAACUCGCAUCAACAUAAGGGCUGAGUUUAGAGACCCAACAGGUAUUUUCGAGUGGACCAAACUUGGCUACACGUAA